AUGGCUCGUAUCGCUAUCUGGUGCUUCCUGGCCGCUCAAGCUACCGCCACCCUUGCCAGCUCAGGGUUGAAUAUUAAACGCGCUGUCUCGUUUUUCGACCCCAAUGCAGGGGGUGGAUCUAUGCUUGACUCAGUGGGCGGCGAUCUCGGCGAGCCUCUGAACGUCAUCAUCUCCGGACUUAGCUCCGCCGCCGUGCUCACAGACGAUGGCUUCCUCAAUUAUGCCCGCUCCAUUGGAUUCUCCAUCGAAUGCUUCGGCAUCCAUCUCGGAGCCCCACAGACAGCGAAUCUUGGAGAUGGCAAUGGCUCCCUGAACCAGACGAUCGAGCUGCGCCAAGACUAUGGCAAUUCGGAUGUCGGCACCUGCUUGGAGAGCUUGAUUGGCGGAAACCACUUCAGAAUGUGGCGGCAGAAUGGGCCGAGCGCAAACAGCGGCGCACUCUUCCUUGCCGUAUCGAAGGAAGAGAACGUCACUGAAGGCCAUACCAUUGUUCCAGAUGGAUAUAAUAUCGGGCGCGAUGACCUCGUCUCAGCCGCUGCAGGCACUACCUCAUUUGACGGCGUGUCAUAUACGACUGUCGCUGAGAACCUCACGGGCCUUCUUGCUCCCGGAAGUACUGGUGUCAAUCACGGCAUCGCGACAGAUGGUACGACCAAGCUCCUCACGGUCACUAUUGUUUGA